AUGGGGACAGUGUCAGUGCAGGUGAUCUUGCUUUGCUUGCUGGUAGCUCCUUCAUUUCAGGAUCAUGAGGUACACUGUGGCGUUCCAGGGAAUAUCACGCAUGGUCACUACGAGUACUUGUCCCACCACGAUGAUGAUACUUACCUUUCCGUUAUCAAGUACACCUGUGAUGCUCCCAUCUAUCACCUACAGGACCCCGAGGAAGCUGUCUACAUCUGCACAGAGCAUAGCAAGUGGAGUAAUGCAAAACUAAAGCACAGACUACCAAAAUGUCAGAAGGUUCAUUGUCCACCACCCACUGAUGUUGCACAUGGUCAUUAUGAAUAUAUAACAACACACGGGACAACUAGCUAUCUCUCUGCAAUCAAAUAUACUUGCGAUGCCAACUACCAUGAGAGAGACUUCAGCGAUGAAGGAGUGUAUAUUUGUACCAUUGAUGGCAAGUGGAGAAACACUGACUUGGAAUACGAACUUCCCACGUGUGAACCUGUGGAGUGCGGCAAACCGCUGGUGAGCCUCGAACCCCUGCAGCGCAUCAUCGGGGGCCGCAUGGUGGUGCACGGCGCCUCCCCCUGGACCGUGCUGAUGAAGAGCGAAGAGGGGGACAUCAUCGACGGGGUGCUGAUCGACCACCGCUGGGUGCUCACCAGCGCCCGGGCCCUACAGCACCACCACCCGCUGGAGGCGGACGUCCUGGCCAAGGUCAAGGUCUACGUCGGGGUGGAGGAUUCCCGGGAGGUGGACCUGCAGCACCAGCACCAGGUGGCUGGGGUCUACUACAACAACACCCGGACCCACGAGGUGGUCCGCUACCACGACGACCUGGCCCUGGUCAAGCUGGCCGGCAACGUCACCUUCUCCAACCGCGUCAUGCCCCUCUGCCUGCCCUCCCGGCCCCUGGCCCAAGCGGGCAAGGUGGGUCAGGUGGCCGGCUGGGGGGUCGGACUGGACCUGGCCCCCGUCCCCCACCUGCUCUACGUCACCCUGGAGGUGGCCGACAGCCAGGAGUGCCGGUCCGAGCUGACCGCCCGGUACCCGGGGCACUUUCUGGCCGACGACCCCGACCAGUUCUGCACCCAGCGCUCGCCGCUGAUGGAGAACGUCUGCCGGGGGGACCGCGGCGCCGCCUUCGCGGUCGAAGAGCACGGCACCCACUACGCCGCCGGCGUGCUGGCCUACGACGAGGCCUGCCGGGGCUACAGCUACGCCGUCUACACCGAAGUCUUCGGCUACCUGGACUGGAUCAAGGAGAUCAUGGAGCAUCACUGAGCCGAGCUGA